UUGUGUUCAUUCGCUAUGUGGAUAACAGGACAGAAAGCACGUAUCUAUAAUUAUCCGAACUCGUUCGCGAGCGAUUAACGAUGGCUGUUUGAUAAAUGGUGUGACCUCCACAACCGUGCCAAAGCCCAGGCUUAGCACAAGAACAACUUUAAAUUUAAUCAUGGCGCUUUUCCCCCAAUUCAUCGAGGCCUUGGCCACUACUUCACAAAUUUCACAAGAAAUUGCCCUUUUGAAAUCUUAUAAUUUUCAAAUCGAAGAUGGACAUGGACAUUUUGGAAAUGGACCAGUUCCCGCUGUUCGAGGAUUUGGCGAUGCUGGACGAUGGGUCCGGCCUCUCGCUGGAGUAUGAAGACGGCGUGGGAAAAUGUUUCCCUGGUAAUGAUCCGGCUCCCAAACUGGUCAUCGACCAGGCCGGCAAGGAAGUGCUAGAUGACCUGCUCCGUCUAAGUCAAAAUGAACCAUUGGAUCUUGACUGGAUGGAAACAGGGAGUCUUGAGCAGUUCCUUGUAGGCAUGGGAGCAGACCAUAUCAACACUCCAGACACUCAACAGGUCUUGCAGGCAACAGAGCCAAUCGUUGUGAUAAAAGACACAAAUGUGAACCACAGUGUUCUCCACGAUUUGCUCACUCAGCCCAUUACGAUUAAGCAGUCCCCAACUGUUAAAGUGAGCCCUGAACCAGUGGUUUCACACGAACUGUCACAAAUUGACUUGAUGGAUGAUGGUGUUCAAGCAUCCUUGCUGUCAGUCAUUGCGAGUUCCAGCAAUGACGAAAACGAGGUGCCAGCAGAAAUAUCAUUCGACUCCGGUUACAUGGACUCGAGUUUGAAUACCUCCUCUUCCUCAAAGCCUGACUUGCUUGAUGUCAGCAGUGUUGAUAGUCUCAUCAGCUCUCCUCUCUCUGCUGAAGAGAUUGACAGUUUAUUAUCGGGUUCAGAACCCUCUUCUCCAAGUAGCCGCAGUGAUGGCAACGACCCAGACUAUUCUCCAUACCAGAGCGACAGUGAAGAAUACAAAUCAAAGUCGCGUACUGGAGGCAAACAGAAAUCAAAGAAGAGGCGAUCUGGUCCGUAUAAUACCUCUACUGGAGAUCGAAAAGACAGAAAGCGUGAUCAAAACAAAAAUGCCGCUAUUCGAUAUCGUAACAAAAAACGAGAGGAAGCAGACCUACUCAAGCUUGAAGAAGACAAACUUGCCGAAAAAAACAAAGAACUUAAUGAUAAAGUCAGUCAGUUGUCUCGUGAAAUCAAUUACAUGAAAGACCUUAUUUCUGAAGUUUGCAAAGCUAAAGGGUUGAAAGUCACAUUUAAAAACAAGUCUCAGUAAAUUCUUUCAUCAUGACCAGGGAUUGUUUAUAUGUUCAUUGUAUAUUGACCAUUAAAAGAUUAAUCAUCUUAA